AUGCCGGCGAUUCGUCCGACCGCGGCCAUCCGCGCCGCCCGCGCCAUCAAGACCACCGCUCCUUCCACGAGGGCCUUCUCCGUGACCGCCCGCCGUGGCGGUGGCGGCUCCGACUUCGAUCCCCCGUCCGGCUGGCUCUGGGGCGUCAAGCCCGGUGAGAAGUACGAGAAGGAGGGCUGGGAGCUCCCCUUCUACACCCUCUUCUGCGGAGGCAUCAUUGCCACCGGCGUUGUUCUCGCCUUCAAGCCUGAUACCUCGCUCGACACGUGGGCCCUCGAGGAGGCCAGAAGGAGAUUAGAAAAGGAGGGCAUCCUGCCGGACCCCGAGAAGUGA